UAAGGAUGUCCCUUUUCCCUUUUCUUCCCUCUUCCUCUCGUUUCUGUACUUUGUCUCUAUAAGCAACCUAACCUAAAACUGUGAAGACGCCAUUUUUUUUUAAUUACUUAAAUAACUUCAUUUUUUUUCCUUUUAUUUUUAUUUUCCCCUCCAAAAAAUUCAUAAAAUCAUCUUUUAUAACAUUCAGAUUUACCAUUAAACCAAAGCAGGAAUCUGUUCAACCAGUCAAUCUACCAAUUUAUUCUUCUCGAAACUAAGUUGGAGAUGGCAGUGGAGGCUUGUUCGAACCAAAAACUUAUUCCUGACGAUAGUGAUGAUGAAGAUAUGCCUUUAGUUUUUAGUAGAAGAAAAACAAAUCAAGUUAGCUCAGAAUUAAAGAAUUCUUCAUCAUCAUCAUCAGGGAGAACGGAUAAGCAGUCAGGGAAGCCAGGGUCUGAUGCUCGAACCUUGAAUGAUCGAAGUUCUAGCACUUUGAAGGGAAAGAUGGUUUCAUCUUCGAAGCCAUCAUCAUCAAAGCCGACUAUUGGAACUCAAAAAUCUCCACUUCCAUCCUCAAAGCCCCUAAAAUCACCUCCUUCAUCAACUAGGCCUUCUCCAUCUCCACAUCCUUCAUCAACUAGACCAUCUCCAUCACCACCACCUUCAUCUAAAAGACCUUCUCCAUCUCCACCACCAUCGUCAACUAGACCCUCUCCAUCUCCACCAUCUUCUUCAACUAGACCAUCUCCAUCACCACCACCUUCAUUGAAAAGACCUUCUGCAUCUCCACAGCCUUCAUCAACUAGACCUUCUGCAUCUCCACAGCCUUCAUCAACUAGACCUUCUGCAUCUCCACAGCCUUCGUCAACUAGACCUUCUUUAUCUCCUCCGCCACGCAGAGUACCACCCGUUAAAUCACCGUCCGUUAAUGGAGCCUCUUCAGCAAAUCACCAUCCAAAGAAUGGAGCCUCUUCAGCAAAUCACCAUCCAAAGAAGGAUAUUCCGGUUAAAGAGGAGAAGCGCACUCUUGUUGCAGUUAAAGAAGAAAAGCCUGUUAAGCAUUUUGUUGAUGACUCUGAUGAUUCCGAUGAUAAUAAGCCACUUAGGACAAGGUGUUCAAUUGGGUCACAGAAAGGAAAUUCCAAUGUCGCUGGUGUGGAAGGCAAGCCUCCAAAUGGUGAUUCUGAGGAUUCUGAGGAUGAUAAGCCGCUCAGUGCUAGGGUGGAUAAGGGGAGGGCUACUGCUGGAGCAUCUCAGGCUCAAAAGUUAAAGGCCGUGAGUGUGAAACCACCAGAUGAUUCAGAUGAUGAAAAACUUUUGUCUACUAAGUUACAGAUGAAAGGCAACAGUGGAACAACUUCUAGAAAAUAUGAUGAUUCUGAUGAAGAUAAGCCAUUGGCUUCUAAGCUACAACAAAAUGGAUCUAUCAAGAGGGAAACUCAAAGUAACAAAACGCCUGUUAGCUUAGGUAAAAGGCCUUCAGCAGACACCUCUGCUGGUCAAUCUUCUAUAAAAAAGGUGAAGCUUUCUGAUGCAUCCACCUCAGGUAAAGUUAAGCAAAUACCUAUAAAGGCAAAGGCCGAUGAUGAUGACCACAUUCCUAUAGGUCAACGGUUAAAUAAAGCUGCAUCAGCUAGUAAAUCAGUUCCAGCGAAGAAGGUUGUUAAAGUUGAUUCUUCCAAGUUGAAGAAAGUCAAUAAGAAAUCAAAGAAAAUAAUCAAGAAAUCGAGUUACUCAAAGUCUUCGAAAGAGUUACCUAGUUCAGGGGACGGGCAGAAAUGGACCACUCUAGUUCAUAGUGGUGUUAUCUUUCCUUCUCCAUACCAGCCUCAUGGGGUUAAGAUGCUGUACAAUGGUAAACCGGUUAAUCUCACACCCGAGCAGGAGGAGGUUGCAACUAUGUAUGCUGUGAUGCUUGAGACAGAUUAUAUAAAGAAAGAAAAAUUUAAUGAAAACUUCUUUAGCGAUUGGAAGAAAAUUCUUGGGAAGAACCACGUGAUUCAGGAUCUUAGCAAGUGUGAUUUUAGGCCUAUACAUGAAUGGCAUCUAAGUGAGAAGGAGAAAAAGAAACAAAUGACCUCUGAAGAAAAGAAGGAAGUAAAAGAAGAAAAAUUGAAACUCGAAGAGAAGUAUAUGUGGGCUAUCGUUGAUGGUGUCAAAGAAAAGGUGGGUAACUUUAGAGUUGAGCCUCCUGGAUUGUUUAGGGGCCGCGGCGAGCAUCCCAAGAUGGGGAAACUCAAAAAGCGUAUAUAUCCAAGAGACAUUACAAUAAAUAUAGGAAAGGACGCUCCGAUUCCAGAGUGUCCUAUCCCUGGCCAGAGCUGGAAAGAAGUAAGGCAUGACAAUACAGUUACAUGGUUAGCUUAUUGGAACGAUCCCAUAAACCCAAAAGAGUUCAAGUAUGUGUUCUUGGCAGCUAGCAGUACAUUGAAGGGGCAAAGUGACAAGGAAAAAUAUGAGAAAGCAAGGAAGUUGAAGGACUACAUUGAAGGUAUUAGAACAACAUAUACAAAUAACUUUGGGAGCAAAGAUAUGACCAGACAACAGAUAGCAGUUGCUACCUAUCUCAUUGAUAGACUUGCUCUGAGGGCGGGAAAUGAGAAGGAUGAUGAUGAAGCAGAUACUGUUGGUUGUUGUACAUUGAAAGUGGAAAAUGUAAAACCACUGGAUCCUCCUAUAUUGGAGUUUGAUUUCCUUGGUAAAGAUUCAAUCAAGUACUACAAACAAUUUGAAGCUGAUCCUGCUGUGUAUAAAGCUGUUAAGAAGUUCAGAGAAGGGAAGAGUGGCAGUGAUGAUCUCUUUGACAAGUUGGACACUAGCAAACUGAACACUCAUCUGAAAGAAUUAAUGCCUGGCCUCACUGCAAAAGUAUUUCGUACUUUUAAUGCAUCUGUCACUUUGGAUGACAUGCUUGCUAAAGGAGGGGCUGGAAGUGGAGAGGUGCCGGAGAAAAUUGCCAAUUAUCAGCAUGCAAACAAGGAGGUUGCAAUCAUUUGUAAUCAUCAACGUACAGUAUCAAAGUCUCAUUCUGCACAGAUGGAUAGACUUCAAACAAGAAUAGACGAAGCUAAGGCUGAGCUGAGUGAACUGGAGACGGAUUUGGCUCGGGCAAAGAAAGGAAAGCCGCCAUUGAAGGACAGUAAUGGAAAGCAAAAGAGAAAUUUGAGCCCUGAAGCGAUUGAGAAAAAGAUACAAUCAGCAAAGACAAAAAUAGAUAAAUACGAGCGUGACAUGAGAAGUAAAGAGGAUCUCAAAGAAAUAGCUCUGGGCACAUCAAAGAUUAACUAUCUUGAUCCUCGGAUUACAGUUGCAUGGUGCAAAAGAAAUGAAGUUCCAAUCGAGAAAAUUUUUAACAAGUCUCUGCUGGCGAAGUUCUCAUGGGCUAUGGAUUGCGAUCCCAGCUUCAGAUUUUGACAGGCCUUUUCAAAUUUCUUUCUUUGCCAUUGCAUAUGUUGGGGUCGAUACUUGCAGUUUCUAUUGGACAGGAUUACAAGUCAUAAUUCAUAUUUUUCUCCUCUGGAUUCUGGUGCUGGCAUUUGCGUCCAUGGAAAUGAGCCUUUAUCUGUCUGUCCGAGCGGCCUUUUCUAUUUUUUUCCUUUGUUUAUUCUAAGACAACGGGAAAAAACUGAGACAAUCCUCUGCAGAGUAGAUAUUUUAGAGUUGUACCGUUACUCUUAUAGAAUGUUCCAUUGCAUAAUUCAACAUUCUAAUGAAAUGUGGUCUAUUUGCAUUAGUGAAGAAGCAAGUUCAGUGGA